AUGGCAGAGAAGCCUCAGGUUCAUCCAGAGCUUCCCCAGUCCGAUCAUCCCAUGGCCAAGCAUGACGCAGAGGCUGUCGUGGCUCUGCCCGACGACGAGCUCCGCCGCCAGAAGCGGAUGAAGUGGCUGCUCUAUAUAGUAGCCUUCGUCAUCUUCCAAACCGGCGUCAUAGUUCUCUUCUCCAUGACGGUGAUGAAGUUCAGAACGCCGAAGUUUCGGGUCCGAGAGGCCACUUUCGGCGCUUUCGAGGUUCAAACAUCCAACGCUUCGUUUAAUCUGAGAAUGAACGCUCAGCUUGGGGUGAAGAACAACAAUUUUGGUCCCUACAAGUUCGACAACACCACCAUCUUCUUCUACUACAACGGUACCCAAGUCGGCAGAGGCGCCGUCAGCAAGUCCAAGGCCAAUUUCCGAUCUACCAAGAAGCUGGACGUUGCGGUGGACUUGGUUGCGCCGGCGAGUCUGGCAGGCAAUUCAGAAUUGGAGAGGGAGUUAAGUUCUGGGAUUCUACCAUUAACGAGCGCGUCUAAGCUGGAUGGGAAGGUGACCAUAAUGUUCAUGUUGAAAAAGAAGAAAUCUGCAGAAAUGAAUUGCAACAUGGAAGUCAACACCAUCACCAAGCAGCUACAGAAUGUGAAAUGCAGAUAA